AUGGAUCAUAACGGAAAGGAAAAUAAUAAUAAUAAUACAAAAGACAAUUUAUCAAAUUUGACGAACAAUAAUAAAGAUAAAAAAAUAUUAUUGAAAAGCUCAUAUAAUUUAAUAAAGAAUGAUGAUGCACAUUAUUUUACAAGAAGAGUAUCAGUAUUAAAUGAAAAUAAUUUUAAUCAAAUAAAGCAAUUUGAUUUAAAUUACAAAUUAGAUGAAAAUUCAAAUAUAUAUGAUGAUAGUGGGGAUAAAACUAAUGGAAAUGAAAAAGAUUGCUCUGAUAAAGAUGAUAAAAAUGAUAAUAAUAUUUUAACAUAUGAAAAUGAAGUAAAAAUUAAUAAUAAAAUAAUAAGUGAAGGUAAUAUUAAUGAUAUAUAUGAAUUAACAGACAAAAAAAAAGGUUUAUUAGAUGAAAAUCAAAAUGUGAUAAAUAUUAAUGAGAUAAACAUCUUGAAAUAUCAACAUAAUGGAAAUAAUAAUGAAAUGGAAUUUUUAUUAAAUAAAGAUGAUAAAAAUAAUGAUUAUCCUUCAUACAAUAAAGAAAUGAAUAAUUAUAAUGAUAAUGGUUUAUUAAAUAACAAUGAAAAUGAAUGUGAAAAAAAAAAUUAUUUAAAAAAAGUUCAUUUGUAUAAUGAGACCUUCCUAAAUGAUACCAAUAUCAAUAAUGAAAAUAAUUUUCAGAAUCAUUCAAGUGAUAUCAAUAAAGAAAAUUUAGCAUUAUCAUCUACUAAUGAAAAAUGUGAUUUAAGAAAUAUAGAUAUCGAUGAACAUAAUAUAGAGAAUGAAAUUUUAUACACUAAAAAUAAAGGAGAAAAUGAGAAAAUAGAUAAUAAAAAUUCCAUAAAUUUCACAGAUGUGCAUGUUAGGGAUUCCCCUAAAAUAACUGAUACUUUUAAGAAUGAAUAUCACACAAGAAAUAAAAGUGAGAAAAAUGAAGAAAAUUUUAGUAUAAAUAAUGAAAAUAAUAUAAUAAAUAAUGAUGAAAACAUUAAAAUUGAAGGAAAUGAGAUAAGUAAAAAUGAUACUGAUGAAAAACAUAUUAUUCCUAUCUCGCAUGCCUAUGAAAAUUUGUUAAGGAUAAAAAAACAAGUGAAUUUAUUAAAAGCGAAAAGAGAGCAAAACAAAUUAAAAAUGUGGAAAAAAGAAAGUAGAAAAAAAAGAAAAGUCAAGUAUCGAUUUGAAAAAGAUAAGUGUGGUAUAUUUGAUUUUAUAAUGAUGUGUAAAUCAGAAUUUAUAGGUUUUAAAAAAUGUGAAAGUUUAGGUUUACAGUUGCAAAGUAUAAUAGUAGCUGAUAAAUUAAUAUACAAUUUUAUGUGCACAAAUCAUAAAGCAUGUGUAGGAAGUUUUUUAGUAAAAGUAGAUAUGAAUAAUACCAAUAUAGAAAUAAAAGCAAGAGGACCAAUAUGUAUAAAUUUUAAUGAAUUGUUUGAUGAAAGAAAAAAAAAUACAGGAAAUAGAUUCAAAUGGGAAUAUUUAGAUGUAUGCGUAAAUAUACAAGAAGGAAAAGAUCGUGCAACAGCAAUGGGAUAUAAAUAUUUGAAUAGUAGCGUAACAGGGAAAAGAUAUGUUAGAAACUUUGUUUGCAUUUUGAACUCACAAUGUAACAGUAGACUUAGAAUUAUUAAAGAUAAUGAAACUAACAAAGUUUGGUUAGAAUUAUCUGGAGUAAAUCAUGAAGAACAUUGUCCUUAUAGUCCACAUUCAACAGAAGGAAUGUUUUUAAAUAACAAGAAAAGUAGAAAACAAACAAAUAACAGUAAGAAUAAUGAUAAAAUUAUUAACCAUGAUAAUAAUAUAAGUAAUGUUGGCAAUAGUAACAAUUAUAAUAAUAUAAACAUUAAUUAUCAUAGUAUAAAUAAUAAUAUAAGUAAUUAUAACACCUAUAAUAAUACCUACAGUUUUAAUAAUGUAAAUAAUACAAAUUAUAAUCAUAUAAAUAAUAAUUAUAAUAGCUUAAAUAAUAGUAAUAAUUUUAAUAAUGAUAAUUAUAGUAAUAGUUUAAAUAAUAAAAAUCAUAUUUACAUUAAUUACGGUAAUUAUGAUAAUGACUUAAAAAUGAAAAGUAUUACUUACAUGAAUGAUUUUAAUAAAAAUAUUAAUAUUUCUGAUCCAUCUUAUAAUAUAAUUUCUAAUAACAAUGAUAAUUGUAUGAACAAACAAUUAUACAUUUAUCCGAGAGCUGUUGGUAAUAAUUGCCUGAAUAGUGCAUCAAAAUUAAUAUUAAAAAGAAAUAUGAUAUGCAAUCAAAAUAAUAAUUGUAAUGUUAUAAAUAAUAAUGAUGUUGAAAAUAUACUUUUCCCUACCUCUUUGAAAAGUGCACAUAAAUGCAAUUCAUUUUAUCGUGGUCUAGAUAAUAUAGACAAUAUAAAUUUUGUGAAUAAAAAAAACUUUAUAAAAAAUCUUUUGUUAAAUUCACAAGAACACAAUUUUGUUAUUAAUAAUAUUUAUAAUAACAAUACUAUUAAUAAUUCUUUUAACAAUUACAUUCCAUCAUAUGGCAUUUUGGAUAAUUAUAACAACAGUUUAAAUGGUAACAAUAUCACAAAUGAUUAUAAUAUCAAUAACAGUAAUGGUGAAAAUAAUAAGAAUAUAGAUAGUGAUUAUAAUAAUAAUAAUAAUAACAGAAACAACAAUAAUAACAAUAAUUAUAAUAAAAAUACAUAUAAUAAUAAUAAUGAUGAAAAGGUUAGUAAUAUUUUGUAUAAUAAUAACCUUACGACAGAUGUGAAUAAGAAUAGUUGUUACUUGAUAGAUAGUAAGCAACACCCAUGUACAAAGUAUACUAAUAAUGGUUUAAAUUAUAUGAAUAUAAAUGAUAUAAAUAAGAAUGAUCUUCAUCUUAAUAAUAUGAACAAUUCUCAAUUUUUGUGUUCAUCAAUAAUUUCAUCAACAAAUUCAACAAAUAAUAUAAAUUUUAAUUUAAGAAAUUAUAAUAUACAGAAUUGUAAUGUACUUCCAAAUGUUGGCAUUGAAAAUAGUUCAUUAUAUGCAAUUCAAAAUUAUGAUAAAAUUAAAAACACUUCUGAAAAAAUAAUGUUAAAUGAUUUUAGCAAAUUAAGUAACAAUUUUAAUAAUAAUAAUAAUAAUAAUAGUAAUACAAAUGACAAGGAGACAAAUAAUUUUAUUCCUACCAAACAAAAUCUACCAAGUUAUCAGAACGCAUUAACAAAUACUACUAAUACAAUACGUUUGUGUAAUAAUGAUAAUAUUAUUUUUAAAGAUAUUAAAAAUAAUAUAAAUAAUGAAAUAUAUAACAAUAAGAAUAGCACAUUUAAUUGUUUGUGGAAUCCUAAUAAUUUAGAAAUUUCUAAUGAUGAAAUGAUUAAUAAUAGAUUAUUAUCUAAUUCCUCUCUUUGUAAUAAAACAAAUAUAGGGGAUUAUAUAAAUAAUUCUAAUAAUAAUAAUAAUAAUAAAAUGUUAAAACAUAUUAUAAAAAGUACAUCGAAAAAGAAUGAAACAAAUUGCAUUAAUGAGAAAGAUCAAAAUUAUAAUUACCAAAAGCAAUAUAAGGGGAAUCAUCAUGAAAAAAUAAAAAACAAAAAUCAAGACAAACUAAAAUAUUAUACAAAUAAACAAAAAAAUGAAGAAAAAGAUAAUUCUUUAGAAGAUAAUGAAGAUGAAAAUGUGAACUUGAAUGAACAUAAAAGAAUAAUGGAAAAUCAUGUAAAUGAAUACAAAAACGAAGAUGAAGAGAAAAAUGAAAAUGAGUUUGAAAAUAAAAAUAAAAAUUGGGAUGAAACGAAAACUAAAAAAGGAAUAACUACAAAUAAUAAUUACAAUAAUGAGGAAGAUAGUGAUGAAAAUGAAAAUGAAAAUGAAAACAAGAUUGAAGAUGAACUCAUUGAAGAUGAAGAAGAUAAAGAAAAAAACGGAGACAUAGUAAAUAGUAAUAAUAAAGAAAAUGUUAAAAUUAAAGAAAACCAAUUGCAAAAUAACAAUCAGAAAAUAGAUAAAGAGAAUUAUGAAAAAAAUGUUGAAUAUAUAUGUAAUGAAAUAAAAAAAUAUGAUGAUGCAAAAAAUAAUGAAAAUUAUGUAUAUUAUGAAAAUGUAAAAAAUAAUAAAAAAAUUGUUUCUAAUAAAAAUAAAGAAAUAAAGGAAAAAUUAUGUACACCAGAAAAAAAUAAUUCUGUUAGAUGCAAAAAAAUAAAUAAAGAAGAUUCUCUUGAAAACAAUAAAAAUUACAUAAAUGGAGCAAAAAAUAAUGAUAUAAACAAAAGAAAUUUAUUUAAGUUACAUAAUGAUGGAAUGAGAGUGUUUUAUGGAGAUUCUUCACCUUUAAGUACUCAUAAUAAUGUUUUAGAAAAAAUUUUAACUAAAAAAAAUAAUGAUUAUAUAAAGGAAAGUAAAGAAUUUUAUGAAAAAAACAAUGAAAAAAAAAGAAAAAUUCUUAAUAAUUACAAUGAAAGUGAUAUCCCAUCAGUGAAUAACAACUUUGAAUAUGAUUCAUCGAUUGAUUCUAUCAAUAAUCCAGAUUAUUUUCCCUCUCACAUUUUAAAAUAUUUUAAAACUGAUAAAUAUAAUGAUCAUAUAAAUUCUAACAAUGAAAAUGCAAACAAAAUAAAUAAAAAAAUUAUUAAUCAUACAAAUAAUAAUUCAUCUAAAUCUAUAGAUGAAAAUUUAAGUCAAAUUUGUAUACAGAAUAAUAGAAGUAACGUAUCUGAUAAUUCAACCAAUGUUAUUGAUAAUGAAUCUUUUGAUAAUAAUACUGUUUCUUCUCAUGGUAUUUGUAGAAAAAAUGCUAAUAAUUUAGUUAAUAAUAAUAUUCUUUAUAAAUCUACUACUAUUGUUAAUUGUAAUAUCGAUGAUUCAAAACUAAGUUACAACAAAAAUGUUCAUGAGUCAUCAAUUAAUGCUUAUGAUUCACUUAAUUCAUUACAUGAAAAUAAUAAAAAUAGAGAGAAAUGCAACUUGUUUAAUGAUAUAAAUAAAAAUAUGGAAAAUGAUGAUAACAAAGACAAUAAUGAUAGUUGUAAUGUGAAUUCACGUUAUAACACAGAUACUUUAAUAAAUUAUGAAAAAAAUUCUAACGAUAAUAAUAACAAUGAUAAUGAUAUAGAAAAUAGAAAAUUUUAUAAUGGUAGUUGUAGUUCUGAUUUUAGAAGUAACAAUCAUCUUGAUAAUUUAAAUGAAAAAGAAGAUAGUAACGUAAUAACAAGAAGAGAUACAUUAUCAAAUAAAUUAGAAAAUUCUUUAAAUAAUUUUAAUUGUACAUAUGCAAAUGAUAAUUAUACCUUACAUAAUAAUAAUGAAACAUUUAUGAUUUCUAAUUUUAAUACAUCUUUAAAUAUUAAUAAUACUAAUGAAAGUAAUGAUUCAAGAAUGAUAAUAAAUUAUAAUACUCCAAAUAAUAACAAUGUUUAUGUGAAUAAUUAUUAUACAAAUAGUUAUUUAAAUACAGUUAAUAACUUGAACUAUGCAAAAAAUAACUUAUAUAUACCUAUGCAUAAUUUAAAUGUUCAGAAUAACAUAUCCCAUUCUGAUGAUUUAAAUAAUUUUAAUAAUAUAAAUAGUACAAAUAAUUUAAAUAAUCUAAAUAAUUUAAACAAUGUAAAUAGUUUAAAUAAUAAUAAUAAUGAAGUAUUAAACUGUGAAGUAAGUAAUGAUUAUAAGAAUGAUAUCACAUAUACACGUAAUAAUUAUUUAAUGACUGAUUAUGAGAAUAAUUAUCCAAUUAAUGCAAAUAAUUCAAACAUUUUAUAUGGCAUGAAUAAUCGUAGUUUGGAAUCAUUAGAUAAUCAAAAUAACUUUUAUAAUGAAAAUUAUUAG